AUGAAGUGCUCAAUCGGACUCUCUUUCGUUGGAGGAUACCUCGCAGGCAUCGCUUCAGCGAGUCCAACAACUGCAUCCAGUUCAAGCACAGCAGUCCCAACUCCACACUAUCGCAUAUCACCCAUCGACGGUUCCAUCAUUGCGCUACCUACCAAGGAUCAAUUGGCAUUCCAAGAUCGCGAGUAUGGCGUCCUCAUUCAUUUUGAGAUGGGCACAUAUUUGGACAUCGAUGGUUGCAAUAACGUCCCCUCACUUGUGCCGGAUCUGACCUUAUUCGAUCCGGCUCUGUUAAAUACAGAUCAAUGGAUGGAUAGCAUUACAGCACUAGGUGCAAAGUAUGCCACCCUCGUAGCGAAGCACAACUGCGGAUUCACAACCUGGCCAAGUCAGGUGAAAUUCCAAACUAGAGACAAUACAACAAUCAGCUACAACUACACGAUCGCUCAAUCUCCCGUCGCAGGCGAGGACGUGGUUAAGAUGUUCACGGCAUCUGCUGAGAAGUAUGGGGUUGGCCAUGGACUUUAUUACAGCACGGUUGUGAACAACUUUUUGAAUGUGCAAAAAUCAGAAGUUAAUGAUACUUCAUGGGCUGCUGGUCAAGUGAGGAUUACGAAUGAGACUUAUGAUACGAUUGUGGUUGAUCAAUUGACUGAAUUGUGGUCGAAUUAUGGAUCGUUGACUGAGAUCUGGUUUGAUGGAGGAUACAGCGCAACUCAACAAGCCACAUACAUAGACAUGUUGGCAGAACUGCAACCUGACGCUGUCAUUUUCAAUGCUUGCGAUGUCACUUCUGGGGACUGUUUGACUGAGAAUUCUGUCCGAUGGGUCGGCACCGAAUCCGGAGAAGCACCAAUCGAAAACUGGUCAACCGGAAUCACCAACGACGGCGGCAACUCCACAAGCCCCUACUUCAGCCCCUCCGUCUGCGACACCACCCUCCAAACCUCCGACCGCUGGUUCUACGGCAUCGACCAACCCCUCCGCUCCAUCCAAGAGCUCAUAGCCGUCUACCACCUCUCCGUCGGCCGCAACUGCCUCCUCGAACUAGACAUCUCUCCCGACCGUUCCGGCCUCAUCCUCGCCUCCCACGCCGCGCGCUACAAGCAACUCGGCGACUUCAUCUCCUCCUGCUACGACUCCCCCGUUAACGCGCCGCAUACCCAAAACUCCUCCUCAGACGACGGGGGCUAUACCCUGACAUUCGACUACGCAACCUCAAUCGACCGCAUCGUGCUAAUGGAAGACCAAACCAACGGCCAAGUAAUCCGCUCCUACUCCGUCUUUGCGAAAAUCAUCGACGACGACGGCGUCUCGGACGGCACGCUAGACGUUCCCUGGAUGCAGGUCGCGAAUGGGACGAGUAUUGGCCAUAAGAGGAUUGAGAUUUUUGAUGAGGCGGUGACGGUUAUCGAGGUGAGGGUUAAUACCACGUUUGUGGAUACGCCGGUUUGGAGGUCCGUGUCGGUGCAUCUUUGUGACGUGAUUCCGGCGAAUACGACGGGGUGGGAGUUUACGCCUUGA